GUUACUCAACAGGCAACGGUCCUCUUUGCACUUCCCAUAUAGAAGAAGGCGCCGGCUUCACGCACGGCAGGCGGAAAUACCUUUUCUUUUUCAUUUCUCUCGCCAACAGCGCCGCACAGUUCCACCACCUCAGCGUACAGAUACGGUGACUACCGGGAUCCCAUGCUUGACACACGCGAGCCACCAUCUAAGACGGCGUGCCGACUGGAGGUGCUCGGCAAAGUCUCCUCCAUCCACUACGACUGCACCACCGCGUCGUGCCUCGUCUCCACCAUUUUAAAUGGCGCACACGUGUUCAACUUAGAUGACAACUUCUACGGCGCCAACUUAGCCGUCGGCCUCUCCUCGAGCAGCGUGGAAAGCUACCCCUACCAUGACAUUGGCGAGGCACCGUUGCUUUCCUCGAGCUUCUUCAGCGCAGGUCAGCUCUUCGCUGUCGGCUCCUCCUCUGGCACCGUCACCGUCGUGUCCCGACGCUCUCGUGCCAUGACCUCCUGCUACUCCACACCCGAUGGUCUGCCGAUCCGCUCGGUUCAUGAGGUCGUCAGCCAACCUAACUGCCUGCUGACGUGCACGCAGCGCGGCGCCGAGGUGAUCGACGUGGAGCGCUCGCAGCUGCGCACGACGCUGGAGAAUCCCGCACCGGGCCGCGCCGUGGCCGCCGUCCCGCUGAGCCCGCACACCUUCGUGGUGGCCAACUACGAUGGCAAGGUGCUGCUCUACGACACGCGCUACCGCCACACGCCGAGCUGCAUUCUCUCCAUUCCGGACCAAAUUACGUGCGUAAGCGCGGCGCUCGACACCGCAGAGGUGUGCGUGGGCACUGUCGGUGGACGUGUCUUCACGCUGCGCUGUACGGAGGGGCCGCAGCGGGAGCAGGCCUUCGGCAUGAGCACGAGGCGGUCGCCGGUGCGGUGUGUCUCGAUGGACCGUGGGCGCAUCGCCGCGGGUGAUCUGGCGGGGCGGCUGGCGCUCAUUGACACGGCGGAUGUGCCGGACCCGACUGUGUACUGGUCCGCCGAGACGCUGCUGCGGGCGUCGCGUCAGAGCCCUGUGGACUGCCUCGACAGCUGCGAUGACGGGGCGGGUACCCACGCCCGCUCCUCCCCGUCUACGGCCGCCGCCUUUGCGGACUCGGAGGUGACGGCGGUGACGCUGGCGCAGGGGACAGUGUGGAUGUCGUUCGGUUCGCCGAAGAGCACCGCUUCGCAGAUUGUUGCCAUUCCCGCCUAA